AUGUCUACUACUGCAGUUGCUGUUGAGACACCAGUUGAAGUACCGAAACCACCACGUAAAGAAGUUCAAAUUAUUCAGGUUUUAGCUGAAAAGGUUACUGGUCAUGUAAAAUGGUACAGCACCAUUAAACGUUACGGUUUUAUCAGUCGAAAUGAUGAUGGUGGAGAUUUAUUUGUGCACCGAUCUGUCAUAUCAGCCUAUACAAAUCCAUUUCCUUCAUUGUUAAAUGGAGAAGAGGUUGAGUUUACAGUGGUGGAAACAAACCAAGGAAUAGAAGCAUCAUGCGUCACUGGUCCAGGUGGUCAACCAGUCAAAGGUGUCCGCCUAUAUAAUCGUCGUUAUAGAACGAAUAGUGAACCUUCUCGAGUGAAAAAUGCUUCUACCGCUGAGAAUGCUGAAGGUGAUAAUGCUCAGCCCUGUUUAAGUAACGGACGAUAUCGACCACGACGCCGCCGGGGUGGUGGCGGUGUUGGAAAAAGUGCCAAGGUUCAAAGUGGACAAAAUGAAAGUUAUGAUGAUGGAACUACAACUCAACAGAAAUCUAAUGAUCAGUCAUAUAAAGAAGGUAAUAUUUCAGCGACACCUGGAGUAUUUCCUCGUCAAUGGCGUAGGCCCUAUGGCAAUAUUCGUCACCGUAGUGCACCAACAAGGAAUUUCAGCACUGUAAACGUUGGAGAUGGUAGAUUUACAUCAGGUGAAAUAACCGGUUCUCAAGAUUCUCGAUACUAUCAACGAGGUUUUAGACGUCCUUUUCGUCGACCAAUGGGAAAUUUUCGCUAUUCAAAUGGAUAUUACAUUGGACGUGUAAAUUUCUCCCAGUCAAGAUUUCAACCGGCUUAUGAUUCACAAAAUAGUCAAGGUGGAUCUUAUCGUGGUCGGGGCAGGGGUUACAAUUCUCGACGACCUCGUCGUCGAUUUAACAAUACCGACCAUGUAUCCUCCAAUGGUAUCCGUAGUGUAAAUGGAGUGACAGAACAAGAAAAAACUAACGAUACCACGUCAGUUCAUGAUAUUCAGAAGGAAGUGAAGCAGAUUUAUCUGUAA